AUGCUGCGGAGUACCUGCAGAUGUCUGUUUUCGACGUUCGCACUGAACCCUGAGACCUCCGCCGCCCCGCAUGGUCCCCCGCGUGGUCUUAUCAAUCGAUAUGUUUCCAUGGGGCUCCCCCCGUGGGCGGCGUGGUGCAACAAAGUCAACCGUUAUUCGCUUUACCGUAUGAGUGGCGUGGCCCCACGCACUUUUUUGCCAAAGGCCCCACAUGAAAUGGAUGUCAUUUGGCUUAAUGAGCGCGUCAGAGAGCGUGUGCGGACCUCCCGAUCGGUUCAGAACGUCUAUCGACAGCUGAAGUAUCCUUACGUCAAGACAGGUAUUCACUACAGCGACGUGCUGGACCACUGGGUUCAGGUUCCGAUGGUGGAGGCGGCGAUGUUUGAGGUUGAAAAGGAUGGUGGGUUUGAUAACUUUAUCCUGAAGCGGUCGGGGCCUGAAUUGCGCUCAACCUACGGGGAACGCAUCCGUCGGCAUAUUUUAGUGCGGCAAAAAGAAAUUCAGAAGAAUUUUGUUUUGGCUCAACAAGCGAAACAACUGGCAGAGGUCAUUUAUGAGGAGAUCCUGCCCUUGCAGGAUGAAGCCGCUGCAGAGGCGGUGUUGGCGAAGUACGGAAUUGAGAAGCAACAAUUUUUGGAAGAGAUGGCGCGCAUCGUCGUCGCGCGGAAAGGAAAGGCGAAUGCCGUGGACGUGGCUACGGAGGCGUUAUUGCCGUGA